AUGCCCCUUCGGGACCUGGUGCUGCGCGGUGGUUGCUGCUGGCCCUCCCUGCUGCUGCACUGCGCCCUCCACCCGCUCUGGGGCUUCGUGCAGGUGACGCAUGGAGAGCCCCAGAAGUCCUGCUCCAAGGUGACUGACAGCUGUCAACACANCUGCCCAACACGUCCCCCUCCACCCGCGCCGAGGGCCCUGCCCCCGCCUCCUCCUCAGCUGCUCCUGUCUCUUUCAGCUCCCAACUCUACCUCGUGCCCUGCGGAGGAAAGCUGGUGGUCAGGGCUGGUGAUUGUCACCGCAGUAUGUUGUGCCUCCCUGGUGUUUCUCACUGUGCUUGCCAUCAUUUGCUACAAAGCCAUAAAAAGGAAACCCCUGAGAAAGGAGGAGAAUGGCACCAGUGUUGCUGAGUAUCCCAUGACGUCCUCGGACAGCAGCAAAGGCGUGGACGUGAACAGCGCCGUGGUGUGA